AUGCAAUAUUAAAAUUUGACUUCGAUAUCCAUUUGCAAAAUUUAUUUAUUAAGUCAACAAUCAAGAAAUUUAAUCUCAAAAAUAGAUUUGAAUCUUCAAAUAAAAUGCAAGGAUUUAGACAUAAUAUUGAUUGGAACGGUGAUCUAGAUUUAUCUAUUUAAGUAGGUUAAAAUGAUUUAAAAACAAGCAGCACAUGCUAAAAUGAUUUAAAACAAAAUCAUUAAUGUUAAAUAGCCUGAUACUUUUUAACUUCUCAAGAGGUAUUCUAUUUAACUACUUAGUUUAGGAUGGUCUGCAAUCGUUCAAAUAUUUCAAAAAGCAAAAUAUUUGCUUUAAUUAUUGUUUAUCAUAAUAAUCAUUUUCCUAACUGGACAGUUCAAUAAAGUCUAUUUGAUGAGAAAAAUUAAUAAUUCAGAAUAACAAAUUUUACAUUUCUAAUCCCUUUCUAUACAUAACCUUAUCUUUUUAGACUAUCGAAACAUAGAAUUGCCAAAAUCAUGAUAAGCAAAACUAAUAUUAAACUCUCUCUAUAAAUUAGCCUCCUUAAAGCUAAAAAUUGUUGUUCACUCAUUCAAAUGACAUAACAUUAUCUGAUCUUGUAGUAGCAAAUAUUUGGGACUUAUCAAAUGAUUCACUUUAUACAAAUUUGUUUAAGGUAUUUUUGA